AUGGCCGAGGGUUGCAUCUGUGAAAAAAAACUUCCAAGUUCAAGUCCUUCCAUUGAGUUCUUUAAGCAGAGUGGUUGGAGUGAUGCACAAGUUAUGAAGCUUACCAAGAGGUCACCCAAGUUGUUGCAUGCUAAUGUAGAGACUGCCCUGAAGCCCAGGAUGAGAUCUUUACAGGACAUGGGAUUUUCUGACACUGAAAUAGUUGAGCUGGUUUCAUUAUGUCCUCAUGUGCUCCUAUUACUUGACAUCAAACCGAGGAUCAACUUCUGGAGGUCACUAUUAGGUUCGAAUGAGAGGCUUCUGAAAGCCUGCAAGAGGAACAAGUUUCUUCUUGGUUAUAGCUUGGCUCGGACGAUAGAACCUAAUAUAUCUCUCUUGAGGGAACAUGGCAUCAGUGACGAGCGUAUCAUGCAUAUGGUGACGACAUUGCCACGCUCUUUUGGUCGAAUAGACAAAUUAAAGGAGGUUAUCAAAUAUAUUGAGGAAUUGGGUGUCCCACGUGACUCUGGAGUAUAUAUGUGUGCACUUCAUGUAGUCAUGGGCAUGAACAAAUCUAGUUUUGAUUCUACCAGUGCAACUCUGAUGAGCUUUGGGUGUUCCCAGCCUGACAUCAUUGCUGCAUUCAGGAAGUGCCCAAACGUUUGGGCACUCUCAAACAAGACCAUAUGUGACAAGAUGACAUUCCUGAUGAAGGAAGCUGGUUUUGAGCUGACAUAUAUCAUUUCCCGUCCCAUGAUUCUUACUUACAGCUUGGAGAAGAGGCUGAGACCUCGAUAUGAGGUUUUGAAUUUUCUUAAGCAGAAUAAAUUGCUGGAUGAAGGACAUAGUCUACCAUCCGUCGUACCACUAUCGGAGGAGAAGUUCAUAAAGAAAUAUCUUUUCCGGCUCAAGGAGAAAUUUACUUCUCUCUAUGAUUCCUAUCUUGCUGCUGUUCAGGGAAAGCCACAUGUUACUUGA